AUGCCGAUGAUGGACGAAUCAUUAGAAAGACACACGGGCUCGGAUGCAGGCUUUGCUGCAUCAACCGGCGGAGCCGCGCCUCCGUUCUCGUCGGGCCUGCUUGCCUCGGUCGAGACGAUUUCGCGGGCAACUUCUCCGGGACUCCCAUGCGGUGAGCACCAGCCAGAAGAUGACAAGAAGCGCUACCGCCCCCGCACCUUCAGCUAUUUCCGCCUGCUCCCGUUCGAUGUCGAGGACGACGCGCGACGGGAUGCGGCCCUCCGCGGCAUCCUCAAGAACCUCUACAUCUCCAUCAUGGCCGAGGACUUUUCUCCCGGCGCCCUCCACUGGACCCGCGAGCUCCAGGGUUGGCUGAAUCUCAAGUUUGAGAUGACCCGGGAGCUGCGCGCUCGUCUCGCUCAUCUCUACUAUCACCUUGCGCUGGCGCCGGGUUUGGAUCACAAUACAGCUGACCGGUUCUCCCGCAUGGCCAUCACUCUGUCAAAGAAAAAGCACUACCUAAAACCGGGCGAGGAUCUCAUAUUCGAUUGGCGGCCGAUGUGGAAAGAACUGAAAGCGCUCGUUCUACCGUCAGAAACCGCUUCGCAUCAGGGUUCGCGGAGGAGGUCUUCGAAGCACCUUCUGAAGCUCUGUCUCCACGCGAGCUCGUACUUUGACCCCCGAGAGCGCCGGGCGAUCCUCGAGGAGCUAUUGCCUUACUUUAGCACCUCGGCCAUGUCGAACGCAUAUAUCGUUGCUGCCGCGCUUAACGCCAUGCUGCCCACCAGCCCCGCGCCCCCGAGCGCGCCCCAGUCGCAGCCGUCAGACAUCUUCCCGACCUUCUUCCACCUCUGGUCGCUCAUGAACAGGUCGAAGGCCUUUGACGUCUGUUUCAUCGACAUCUUUUCCCGCAUGGCUCGGGACCACCUUGGCUGCACCCACGUUCCUUUCACAGAACACGGCAUCUUCGCUCGCGAGCAGGCAGACCUCAUCUUCACCGCCAUCCUCCGGCUGACCGAGAUCCCGGUCGGGCAGGCCAACUCGCCAUACACCUCACUGGACUACGGCGCCGGCUUGGGAGUGCACUUGGAGAAGGACAAAUCAAAGUACCCCGUCCCGUAUAUGGUCGCGCGCUGGAUUGUACACUCCUUGUCCCCGCUCUGUCUCGACCGGGAGAGCUCCAUCCUCGCCAACCUCGAGGGUCUGAUGGAGUCUAUCGACACCUUCUUCCACCCGUCGAAUCAGGGGACCUGGACCGGCUUCCUGGCCCAGCUCACCUACUUCCUCACUGACAUCUUUGUCUCCCGCUGGAACCGCGAACAGAGUGGCGAGCUCGAGGUACCCCCCGAACGCCGGAUCAAUGGUGAGCUGAAGAAGCGUUUCGUCCUCGCCUUGAAGGAGGUGACCUUCAUGGGCAUCUUCUCAAAAAGCUCCAAGGUCGUCAACUACUACUACUCGGCCCUCCAAGGUCUCGCCUACCUGGAGCCGGACCUGAUGCUGCCCGGCGCCCUUCAGCGGUUCUACCCGAGCUUACAGGGGCUUGUCGAGGUCCAUCGCACCACGUCGAGUCUUUGCGGGCUGCAGAUGAUCGCCAACAUCAUGGCGAAGCAGAAGGGUUACCGCUGCCACAUCACCGCGCUGCUGGCACUUGCCCUGCCCGGCAUCGAUGCCAACGACCUUGGCAAGACGCAGUACACCCUCAACUUCAUCCAGAGCGUGGCCUACAGCAUCCCGUUCGUGCCCCUGGCCAACCAGGACGACAAGAUUCACGACACGAGCCUCGCUAUGAACUGGGUGCAGGCAGAGAUGGAGAGGAUGGAGCGCGAAGGGCAGGACGUCAAGAUCUGCUACGACAAGGAGCUGACAGACGAGGACGAGGCUAACAUAUUACGCUCGUCCACGGCCGGUCUCGGCGAGUUCGUCCUGGCCUUGCUAGGCAAGGUCUUCGCGCUGCUGGAGAACCUUCCCGAUGCGAGCCACCUCCGCUCGGGCUCACCCGAGGACAAUGUCAUCAAUACGCUGCCGGCAGCCCUCACGCCCCUCUUCGCAUCGCUCUCCCCGGAGCUCUUCGACAUGGCGCUCGAUAAGCUGGCCGCCUUUGUCUCGAGCCAUGUCCUCCACCAGGCUCGCGAUGCCAUGGCGUGGAUCUGCAAUGCUCUGUGCAAGGUCAACCCGGAGAAGACCCUGAAGGUCUUGAUCCCGAUGUUGAUUGUCAACAUCAAGAACGAGAUCGAGUACAACGGCGCGGCGUCGGAUCGGAGCAGCGGCACCGAGGUUCUUCCCCGGGAUCGCGCGCUCGUCUGGCACGUCAGCAUGCUGAGCAUGUGCGUCGUCCACGUCGGAGCCGAGGUGUUGAAGUACAAGGACGAGCUCUUCGGCAUUGCCGAGUACAUGCAGGAAAGGUGCCGCGGGUUGCCCACCAUUCACAUCUCUAACUACAUCCAUCAUCUCCUCCUCAACCUGACGCACACCUACCCCAUCGAUAACGCUCUCUAUGAGCCUGACCGCAUUGCCCGGGGCCUGGACGUCGACGACUGGGGGCGCACGACCCCCCCUUCCGAGCUCACCAUCAAGUGGCAUCGUCCAUCGCAUGCCGAAAUUGUCUUCGCCCUGGAGCUCUUCGAGAGCCAAGCCAAGAGCGCUGCUCGGCGAAUCGAACAACUAAUGAGCGACGAUCCUCCAGUCAGCAGGAAGGGAAAGAACAAGGAGUGGUCGGACGAGCUGUCACGGAGCCUGACGGCGCUCCGGUUGAUCAUUUCGGGUGUCGCCACCCUGUUUGACCCCGCCCGUGCCUCCGGGAAACGGGGCGGUCGGGGCGCCAACGGACGCGUCAAGAAUGACGCAGAUGGCGAUGCCAUGAUGGAGGAAGACAAUGACCCGCUCGCCGAGGUGGCCGACGACGACGAGCUGGAGCGCCAGUUCCACUAUCCGGCCGGGUACCUGCUGAGUCCCAAAGAUCCGGUUUACGAACGCAUCCACAGCCUGCGCGAGGAUAUCGGGAGGUUGCUCUCCCGCACGCAUGCCUUCUUGAACGCGAACCAGGAGGACGACGUCGCAUGCUUCACGGCCCUGUAUGCCACCUAUAGGACGUGGAUCACGGACGUGGGCAUCGAGCGGUCGGCCCAUCCGCUAGAACGCCUUGUGCGCCUCUACAAGGCCGACAUAUCUCCGUUUAGGAUCAGCGGGCUCCGGAAGGUCUACCCCCGGCCGCUGCUGAUCAAGCGCGCGGACGCGUACCAGCUCCAGCGCGUCAAGUACAACUCGGCCUAUCGCAAGAAGAGCGAGCUCGACAAGCAACUGCUUCUCGACCUCGCCGAGUCAUGCACCUCCUCAUACUCGGACGUGCGUCGCGUGGCCCAGGGCGCCCAGGACUCGUCCCUCAAGGUGCUGCUCGGGGGAAGGCCGCUCGUCAUCCCCGUUGUCCUGGAUCGGCUGCGCAAGGCACUGGAAGAGAACGACCAUGACCGCAUCAAGGGCGCAAUGUAUACGCUCCUCUUCACGACCCUGAUCAAGACCGCCAUCCGUGAUUGGCGUUUCGCUCCCGACUUGAUGCGCCUCUACAUCGAGACGGCCAGCGUCGACAAGGCGUCGAUCCAGAACCUCGGCUCCUCUGCCCUCUAUCCGCUCUUCGAGUUUGGCAAGCCGCUCGAGCGCAUGAUCAUCUUUGACCGGGAUGUCGUCGAGGCCAUCCGGCCCGAUGAGGAUUGCUCGGCCACCAUCAAGCGCCGCCACGCCUUCAUCAAGGAGCGCCGCACCAAGGUCGAGGCCAAGAAGGCCGCGCUCGGCUUGGAACUGACCGAGAAGGCCCGCGACUCCCACUGGAAGGUCGCAAAUCGGUGCAUCGUGUUUGCCCUGAACUGCACUCUCCGCUUCGACAGCCUUGGAAACCCGGCCUUCGUGGACCUCAUCGCCAAUGGCGCCAACGAUCAGCACCCGAGCAUGCGGAUGAAUUAUCUGUCCGCCUUCUCGGCGCUCUUCACUGCUAUCGACAUGCGAGCCGUCUACGGCCACGACUACCGAAACUACCUCAUCGAGAAGGAGUAUGACGAGAACAAGACUCAAAUAGCCGUCCCGACCGACGAUCCUAACGUGACGGAGAAAUUCCUCGCCCAGUUCGAGAACUACGAUGAUGUCAACUACUUUGUUGACUGCGACCAUCCCGGCUGGCUGGUGUGGGGGAAGGAGCUCACCGUGUGCCGCGCCGAUCCGAAGCCGUUCUUGGCUUACGACGAGGUCGAGAACCGGGUGAGGGAGCAGAUCGGAAAGAUCAUCACCAGGGACUGGUUCAAGAAGUGCUUCGAGUACCUCAAACAGGAGCCCAGAGAUGCCGGGUCGGACCGCUUCCGCAUGCAAAACGCCGUGCUGCUCAUGAACGUCUUCGACCUCAUGCAUUACGGAAAGACGGCCGCCACGUUCGAGGACGUCAUGGAGUUGGUCAAGGAGGUCUACGGCGACGGGGGUGACAAGCACCAGCACCGCGCGACCGCCGAGAUCCUGGGCGCGCUGCUCACGGGGAGUGUUGACGACCCAAAGGAGAUCCGGGACAAGGUCUGGAAGUUUGCAGCCCCGAUGAUGCUCAAGAUCAUCGCGGACGAUCUGACGCCCGACACGCUGUCGUACUGGGUGUCGUGCCUCCACGUCAUCAUUGACGGCAAGGACCCCAGGCGGUUUCGGGAGCUGAUCGAGGCUCUGGCGGCGUUCAGGCUGGACCUGAACUCUAAUGCCGCGUUCAAGGAGUCUGCCAAACUCCAGCUCAUCGAUCUGAUCAUAAGCGAUGCCGGUUGGCAUUUCCGGCACGAGAAGCCCAUACUCGAAGACUGCCUCGCCCAUAUCGACCAUCCGUACAAGGCGGUUCGCGAGUCGAUCGGUAGGCUCAUCGCCUCCAUCUUCCGCACUCAGUACCACGAGUCUUUCAAGGACGUCACGACGCUGCUGGAGCAGAACAAGGCCGAGUCCGCCAUCGGCGUCCGCGCAUACCGGCCAUCCCAGCAGUUCGCCGACACCAUCCGAGACGUCUUUGCCCGCAUCGAGAAAUGGCGCCACGAGCGGACUCCCGGCCAGCACACCCCUUCCAGCUACACCUCGGGCUCUAAGACGGUCCUCAUCUGGCUCGACUGCAUGCUCACGUCACAGGAGUGCAUCCAGUUGGUGCCCUUCUUCCCGGACCCCUUCAUCGACCAGCUCCUGCACAUGAUGGACGUCAAGGAAGACCCGGAGCUGAUGAAGCUCGCCUACCACGUCUACCGCCACCUGCCCAACAUUCCCUUCCGCUCGGGCGAGGACGACGCCUUCAUCGCGGCGCUCAUCCGCGUCGGCAAGACGGCCACGUCGUGGCACCAGCGCCUGCGCGCCCUCGUCAACAUGCAGGUCGUCUACUUCCGCCGCCUCUUCCUCACCCAGCCCGCCCAGCGCCGCAUGCUCUUCGACGCCGUCGGCGACAUGCUCACCGACCCGCAGCUCGAGGUCCGCGACUGCGCCAGCGCCACCCUGGCCGGCAUGAUCCGCUGCUCGCCCGCCAAGAUCCGCAACCCGAUCAUCUACCAGCUCAAGGAGCGCUUCGAGCGCGAGCUGCGCCUCAACCCCAUGCCCAAGAAGAAGGUGCCCGGCACCGACACCCCCGUCGACGCCCAGCGGCAGAUUGUGCGCCGCCACGCCGCCGUGCUGGGGCUGGGCGCGCUCAUCGAGGCGUUCCCGUACGCCACCCCGCCGCCCAAGUGGAUGCCCGAGGUGCUGGCCGGGCUGGCCACGCGCGCUGCGAGCGACCCGGGCGUCGUGGGGAAGGCGACCAAGGCGAUCUUGGCAGAGUUCAAAAAGACGAGGCAGGAUAGCUGGAGUGUUGAUCAAAAGUAUUUCACGAGUGAGCAGCUGGAGGAUCUGGAGGGCGUGCUUUGGAAGAGCUACUUUGCUUAACAAUGCGGGGGCCAAAUAGAAGGUUUGAAUGAUUAUAAAGAGGAUGGCCUAGGCAGAGGACUGCGUCACCCGGGUGGUUAGAUAGGGAGGAUGAAACUGGGAUUAGCGCUCUAUCAGCGGACGAGAUGGUUAGCAUUUGGCAUCGAACGGGGGUGCUUUGGGAAACAAAGACAUCGGAUAUGGGCAGAGGAUGGAGGAACACGGUUGGUCUGUAUAGCCUGUAAUUCUCGAGUUUGGAGCAUGACCAGAUAAAAGAAGCGUAAUGCUGUUGUUGAGCGUCCGUGGAGCGUCGAAAGUUAAGAGGGGGCGGCAAUUGAUGGGAGCAAAAAGUUCUGAUCG